UUGGAGAUGUGACUGUGCAGGGUGUGCAGAGCUGGACCCACACUUGGAGAUGUGACCAUGCAGGGUGUGCAGAGCUGGACCCACACUUGGAGAUGUGACCAUGCCUGGUGUGCAGAGCUGGGGCCAUGUGUGGGGCUGGCCGGUGCAGGGGUCCGGGCCAAGCCCUGGCUUGGGGGCACAGGUCGGUGCAAAGCUGCAGCCCCCCCCCCCCCCGCCCUCCCCCGGGGCAGAGGGUGAUGCCGCACAGCUCCGGCUCCACCCGGGGUUUUAUUACACCCCGCAGGACAGGGGCUACACAAAGCCGGUGAUGGUGCCCUUCCUGCCUCUUUUCUUUCUCCCCCACCUCCCUCUUUCCUUUCUUUUAUCACUUCCUUUUAUUAUGCAUGCCCAGGAAGGAAGGGGGGGUGGGGGGUGGACUUUCCUUAAUAGCCGUCCUGGGGGGGCUUCAAAGCAGCUCCACGGAGGGUUUCUCCUAAUGAGGAGCUGCGCACAUCCCUUCGCAGCUUCUCCGCCGAACAGGCUCUUCAACUUCUGCUCCACUCUUCCUUCCCCUCCUCCCUCUCCAGGCCUCCCUCUGCCAGGAGGUGCGGCCGGGAUCCUUCUCCAGCUGCAAUCAGGCUGGAUUUCCUGGGCGUGAAGAGCCUUUUAUUAUUAUUAUUAUUAUUAUUUAAGAUCUAAGCCACCGCCUGUCUCCCUGCUUCUCCUGGGCUGGUUUGUUUAAGAGUAGGUGGUUGGAGAAGAGGAUUUAUGGGGUUAUUUGCACAGAGAGGUGUAAGCCAGGUGGGGGAAAGCAGGAGAAGGGCCAAGGGCAGCCAGGAGCAUCGCUCCCAGCGGCCAAAUUGGCCUCUUUUGCAACCCAACCCACGCUUUGUGCAAGAAGUGGGCGCUGAGAACGGCUCAGCUCGUGGCGUGGAGCACAGGGAGCUCAUGGGGCUGGGAAAGGACAGUCCUGGGAGUGGGAUGGAGAGGGAAGGAGGUUUUCAUCCCUCCACCUCCAAACCUCGCAGAGAUUUAUCCCUCAGGGAGCUUGGUGGUGUCUUGCCCUCAUCUCCCACCGGUUCCUCUCGCUGCCUGGAAAGGUUUCUCUCUCUCAGCUGCUUCUUUUCCUCCAUGGCAACACAGCUACUCCCUCCCUCCUGUACGGCUUUGAUGCAUGCGAGCAGGGCCAGAGAUGCUGCCCACAGCGUGCCCGGCACAUCCCACCGGCUCAGGAUGCUCCUGGGGUCAGGCAGGAGCUGCCAAGCUCUGGAGCAUCGCGCCAAGCUGGGGUCGCUCUUGGGAAGAGGAGUGUUGGCUGGGAAGGGGAGAGGAGCGUCCCCCAUCUCCCAGCCAGGCGUUUUAGCCUGGAGAAAAGGAGACCGAAGGGAGACUUCAUCGCUGUCUACAACCACCUGAAAGGAGGUUGUGAGGAGGUGGGUGCUGGGUUCUUCUCCCAAGUGAUAGGACAAGAGGAGAUGACCUCAAGUUGCGCCACGGCAGGUUCCAUUUGGCUCGUGAUAGGACAAAGGGGAACGGGUAUAAACUGGAGAGGGGCAGAUUUAGACUGGACAUUAGGAAGAAUUUCUUCACCAUGAGAGUGGUGAGACACUGGAACAGGUUGUCCAGGGAAGUUGUGGUUGCCCCAUCCCUGGAGGUGUUCAAGGCCAGGUUGGAUGGGCUUUGGGCAGCCUGAGCCAGUGGGAGGUGUCCCUGCCCAUGGCAGGGGGGUUGGAACUGGAUCACCUUUAAGGUCCCUUCCAACCCAAACUAUUCUAUGAUUGGGAAAAAAUUAUUCACCAAAAGGGUUCUCAGGCCCUGGCAGAGGCUGCCCAGGGAGGUGGUGGAGUCCCCAUCCCUGGAGAGGUUUAAAAGACCUUUAGAUGAAAUACUCAGGGAUGGUUUAGUAGUGGACAGGUACUUUUGGGCUUGAUGAUCUCAAAGGUCUUCUAAACCCUGGUCCUCCAGGAUAGUUUCAGCUCUGGAGCCCAUGGGGAGAGCUUAGAGGUGGUGGAGGAUGGGUGGAGUGCGUGUGUGCUUUCCCCAACACCAACUUCAUGGCAGUGGGCUCUGGUUUGGGGUGGGGGGAUGUACUUGGUAGCAUCUCCAUCAUCGAGGGGUCCCCUCAGCAUCCCUGGCCGGAAUCACCGCAUAGGACCCAUGUCUGCUCCAGGGCAGAGGAGAGCGUGGCAGAGUGAGGGAUAUACUGUGUCCAUGAAUUUCCAGCUCUGGGAUAGGAUACAGCUCAGCUUGGAGGCUUCCUUUCCUCCAACAAAGACUGACUUAAAAUGAGACAAACCCAUCCCAGCCCCUGGUCAGCUGGCCAGCAUUUUCAUUCCUAAACCCAAACCAUGCUUUCUGGGGGUUUUUUUUAUUUAUUUUUUUUUUAAGGGCUCCGGGAUGCUGUGAGUAAUAUUUUCAGGGUGUUUACACGACAGCGUGGUUUCUGUUUCUCAAAAAAAAAAAAAAAAAAAUAGAAAGAAAAAGAAUCCGAGGGUGGGUUUUGUUGUUGUUGUUUUGCACUUGUGAGUCACUUCCAGAGGGGAGUGGAGCUUCUGCGUGGUUUUUAAAAGCCUUGAAGGUCUGAGAGUGGCUCCUUGCACCUCACAGCUCACCCCUGCCCACUCCAGCUGCCCUGGGGGGCGCUCAGCAUUCUCUGGGGGGUGCUCAGCAUCCCUAGAGAGGCUCAGAAAUCCCUGGGGGGCUCAGCAUCCCUAGAGAGGCUCAGCAUUCCCUGGGGGUGCUCAGCAUCCCAGGAGGUUCAGCAUUCCCUGGGGGUGCUCAGCAUCCCUACAGAGGCUCAGCAUUCCCUGGUCCCCAGUGGAGGCUCAGCAUCCCUAGGGAGUGUGCUCAGCUCCCUAGGGAGUGUGCUCAGCAUCCCCUGGGGGUCUCAGCAUCCCUAGAGAGGCUCAGCAUUCCCAGGGGAGCUCAGCAUCCCUAGAGAGACUCAGCAUUCCCAGGGGAGCUCAGCAUCCCUAGAGAGGCUCAGCAUUCCCAGGGGAGCUCAGCAUUCCUAGAGAGGCCCAGCAUUCCCUGGGGGGGCUCAGCAUCCCUAGAGAGGCUCAGAAAUCCCUAGGGGUGCUCAGCAUCCCUAGAGAGGCUCAGCAUUCCCAGGGGAGCUCAGCAUCCCUAGAGAGGCUCAGCAUUCCCUGGGGGUGCUCAGCAUCCCUAGAGGGGCUCAUCAUUCCCUGGUGGGGCUCAGCAUCCCUAGAGAGGCCCAGCAUUCCCAGGGGAGCUCAGCAUCCUUGGGGUCUCAGCACCCGGGCUCCCCCUGCUUUUCAUGGUAACACCAUCCCAGUCGCUCUGACACCAUCCAAAUGGAAAACAGUCGCUCAAAACUGCGAGUUAUUAACCCUGGAGGCAGAGGUGAGGAGGAUGCCUUCAUCUUUGCAUGCAGACGGGGGGGACAACGUGGUACAUGCAGAAGAAGCUGUGCCGGGGGCUGUGCCACGCUCCAGAGCCAUGGAUCAAACCCAGGACAGGGAUGCAGGUCCUCAGCAGCAGAGGUGGCCCAGUGGGGUUGCAGCACCAUCUCAGCGACACUGGGAUUUUCUAGCUGUCUCCCAGGCUGCUCCAAGCCCUGUGCUUACAGGCAGUGAGACCGAGAUGCUGUUCCCACAGCCCUCUUUCUGCUGGAAACCAUCACCUGGCUGCUCUGAGCAGGUCCCCGCUCCAAGGAGCAGAACAGGCACCUCGUGCUCAGGGUCACCGUAAGCACCAGGGCUGUGGUAGCGAUCCUGCUCCCUUCCAGCCCGCAGCCCAUCCUCCUGGCUCCUGGGCUGGGAGUUAGGUGUGGAACCAGCCCCACAGCUCUGGAAAAGCAGGUUUUCCCUGUGUCCUUUGGGAAGAAUCGAGGGGGAGAGGGGAAGAUGGAGCCUGUACCUCCACAAGGUUUCCUUAUGAGCUGGGAAAGCCGGAUCCAGCCCUUUGGGAUAUGCACAGGGGAGAGGACAACCCGGUGUCCGUGGGACAAGUGCCAGGUGAUGCCUAAAUCCAGUUGGGGUGGCAGGAGCAGAGUCAGGGGUGCAGCAGGGCUGGGUGUCGAGGUGGGAUGGGAGAAGCAGAGCUGUGAGAACCUGCACCACCCUCCCAGGGCCCCGAGGGGAUGCCCGGAGGCCCCUGGUGCCACCACUCGUCAUGUUCCAACUUGCCUGUGCCAACACUGCGUCUGGGAUUUAAAGCACUCCAGAUUAAAUCUGGAGCCACUCUCUUUUUUUUUUUGGGAAAGGGGACAGGCUCUGCAGGAAGGGCCAGCUGAGCUGCCACUCCCCAAAUACCUGCUGGGUACGCCAGGAGCUGGCUCAGCACCAGGGCACUGGCUUAAUUCUGUGCGCUGGGCUUAGGGCACAGCAGACGGUUCAUUUUUCUCCUCCAACUACUGAUGGGAGGAAGCGGGUUGCACCCUUGGAUGGGAUGCAGCUGCAAACCCACCCUGGGGGAGCAGGGAUGGGCGAGACAAGGAUGUCAAAGCACCCAGAGCAGCAGCUGCCACGCGAGGCUGGUCAUCACAGCCAUGAGAGUGGGGAGAAGCUGGUCCUGCAGCCUCAGAGGUGUUCACCAUCCCUGUGCGUUGGCGCUGGCUUGGGCUCAUCGCAGUGGGGAGUGGGUAGGGAGCGGCUGAGCGAGGAGCAACGUGUCUGAGACCAGCGCAGACCAAAGGUCUGUUUGCAGGAGGGGACACGAGUGCAGCAGGGGCGGUUCUGCAGACACAAGCUUUGCAGCAACGGGAAGAAAGAUUGUGCCUGCUCAAGGACGAUGAGCGAAUCCAGUGCCAAAUCCAGCCAACCCCUGGCUUCCAAGGGGGAGAAGGACGUGUCGGAAAAGAGGGGGCGGGGGCGGCCCAGGAAGAAGCCACAGCAGGAGCCCAGCGAGGCCCCAACCCCGAAGAGACCCCGCGGACGGCCGAAGGGCAGUAAAAACAAGGCCACCCCAAAAGGCAGGAAAGCCGCAGUCACACCAGGGAGAAAACCUCGAGGCCGACCUAAAAAAACACAGAAGGACGAGGAGGAGGUAAAUAUUUCCCAGGAGUCAUCUGAGGAGGAACAGUGAAACCUCCCGAACCAGCGCUACCUCAUCGCCCAAAAGUCCCGCGUCCUCGGCGGCUGGGGGAGAGGGAUGAGGAGAAACCCACCACACCGCCUUGGCUUUUUCCUCCUCCCUCCUCCACUCCUUCCUCACCCUCAGCCAAUGGCAGCACUGGAAAACAGCCCAACCUGGGCAGUCCCCUACUUUGGGGGGGGGGGACACCCCCACCUUGGCUCCCCCAGGCUCCCCAACGCUGGGUUUUGGGGCAGCUCCGCUGGCAAAGGGGGUACCUGGGGCUGGGAUCCCCCUCCUUUUCCUGUCCCCCUCUUUUUGCUGCCUCCCCCCACCUUCUGCUGCCCCCCUCAAUGCAGUGAUCCCACACAUCCGCAGCGGGUGCUGCUUGUCCCCCAUCACCGGGCUUCACCCCGGCUCCUCUGCAGGGAAGGGACAAGGGGGGGGGGGCAGCGAAGGUGAGACCCCCAAAUGCAUUAGACCUUCGCUCUGACCUGCUGCUAUCCCAGGCAAACCCCCCCCGUAUCCCCCUCACUGGUCCUGGGUGGCUGCACAGUGCGUGGGGAGCAGCUCCCGCGGUGAUGCCAGCGCUCGGUGCCAGUGCCUGUCUGUGGCCGGCUCGGGGCAGCCCGUUCCUCCUCAGUUCUGUUAUAUAUAUAUAUAUAUAUAUAUAUUUUAGUACUUGGGUUUUUUUUUUUCCUUUCAUUCACAACUACCUCUGGAUAUUUAAGUUCCACUCUCUGAACUCACUGAUGUGCUGCUGCUGUGCCAGCUGCCGGGGCAUCAUUGGCUCGGUGUUUCUUUUCUCGGGGUCUUGCUGGGGUGGUGUUUUUUUUCCCCCCUCCCCUUUUUUUUUUGGGCUUUUUUUAAUUGGUAUUUUAAGGUCUGUGUUGCUCUGCUGCUCUAAGGGAUGGAAGCUGGUGGGGCGGGGGGACCCAUGGGGCGCUCCCCCCGCCGCACCGCUCCCUGCAUGACGGCUGCAGCGGGACUGGAGGUCGGUGCCUGGUGGCCCCGGCGGGAGAAAACGAGGAUUUGGGGUUGGUUUUUGGUCCACUGUUAACGACCUUUUGGUUUCCUAUUUGCAGUU